CAGGCCCUAAAAAUCUCGCUUGGUCGGCCUUUUACCUCUCUUUUAACUCUUUGUUAGCAAAUGAAGUCGAACUCUGAACUCAAUGCCCCUUGACGUCCUCUUUAUAAUAAACCUUCUCAAAUCCUUCACCUCUGCUCAUCACCUCCUCAAAGGCCAACAACUCCACGCUCUCCUCCUCAAGUCUGGCCACCUAUUUUCCCUCUUCUCCUCCAACUCCCUCCUCCAUUUCUAUUCUCGCUGCUCUCCCAACCCACAAAAUGCCCACAACCUCUUCGACUCGAUGCUCACAAGAAACUCAUUCUCUUUCAAUACCGUCGCUGACUCCUACCUCAAUUCCAACGACAUCCCCCGUGCAAUCUCUUUAUUUAGAUCAAACCCACAAAAGAAUUCUUACUCAUGGACUUCUAUUAUUAAUGGUUUGGUAAAAAUUGGUGAUUUGGACAAUGCACGUACCCUGUUUGAUGAAAUGCCUGUUAAGGACGUUUCGACGCUGAACUCUCUGAUUCAUGUGUAUUUGAAAAGUGGGAAGGCAUUGGAUGCAUUUUGGUUGUAUAAAUUGGUGGGCUUGGAUGAUAAGUUUGUGCUGACGACGGCUGUCAGUGGGUGUGCAGAUUACCGGGCUUAUGAGCUUGGUAAACAGAUUCAUGCACGGAUUUUGAUUACGGGAGUAGAGUUGGAUUCAGUUUUAAGGAGCGCUCUUGUUGAUCUGUAUGGAAAGUGCGAGGAUCUUGAUAAUGCUUGUCGGGUUCUUGACUCGAUAGAGAGCCCGGAUGAGUUCUCACUAUCGGCUCUGGUGUCGGGUUUCUCGAGUUGUGGGAGAGUUGAGGAUGCAAGGAGGGUAUUCUAUAGGAAGAGGAACCCUAGUGCUGUUUUAUGGAAUUCGAUGAUCAAUGGAUAUGUGUUAAAUGAAUGUGGAAGAGAAGCGAUCGAUCUUUUUAGUCAGAUGAAGAGAGAGGAGAAGGUUCUUGUUGAUUCAGCAACGUUUGCGAGCAUUUUUAGCGGUUGUGCUACUUUAGGUAUUGCUGACAUUGUAAAGCAAAUUCAUGCUUGUGGUUUGAAACAUGGAGUUGAGGGAGAUGUAGUUGUUGCCAGUGCUUUGAUAGACUCUUACUCAAAAUGUGGUGAAUGGGAGAGUGCUUGUAGGGUUUUUGAUGAGGGCAAAAUUCGUGACACUGUGCUUCUGAAUUCUAUGAUCAAUGUUUACUCCAAUUGUGGAAUGAUAGUUGAGGCGAAGGCGAUAUUUGAUUCGAUAUUAAACAAGAGUAUAAUCUCAUGGAACUCAAUGAUCGUCGGUUACAGUCAAAAUGGUUGUGCUAUCGAAGCACUAGACCUCUUUUCUAAAAUGCACCGCUUCAACCUUAGGAUUGACAAGGUUGCUUUGGCUAGUGCAGUCAGUGCUAGUGCUUCCAUAUGUGCUCUUAGUAUAGGAGAGCAACUAUUUUCUCUAGCUACGAUAAUUGGCCUUGAUUCUGAUCCGAUCAUCUCCACUUCGGUUAUUGAUCUCUAUUGCAAGUGUGGGAAUCUUUCUAGUGGAUGGAGGGUCUUUAAUUGGAUUACAAAGACCGAUAAAGCUCUAUGGAACUCGAUGAUGAUGGGUUAUGCUACAAACGGGUAUGGAACUGAAGUGCUGAAAAUGUUCAAAGUGAUGAGAAGCAUGAACAUAUCACCAAAUGAAGUAACUUUUAUAGCUAUUCUAUCUGGUUGUUGCCACUCAGGGUUAGUUAAGGAGGGAAUGGAGUGCUUUUAUAGAAUGAAGGAAGAGUAUGGUAUUGACCCGAAACUUGAGCACUACUCAUUGGUCAUUGAUUUGCUAGUUCGUGUAGGAAAACUGAAGGAAGCUGUCGAGUUCAUCGACACGAUGCCCUAUGCAGCUGAUGUGAGCCUGUGGACAUCUGUGCUCGGAGGUUGCAAGGCUGACGGGGAUGAAAAUCUUAGAAGGGAAGUUGAAGAAAGGCUUGUCAAGCUUGAACCAAGUGAAGCUGGCCCUCUUCUUCAGCUAUCGAGCAUUUAUGCUGCUCAUGGGAAAUGGGAGACAUCAGAAAGGAUUAGAGAGAUGAUGCGGGAGAGAAGGAUUAGAAAGAAUCCAGGUUACAGUUGGAUAGACAAUUAAGAAAUCAGUCAACCUCAUAAAUGCAACUUUUAUGGUCCAUGAUUCUGAAAUGGGAAAAUCCCGCAAUAUUAUGAUGCAUCCUAGAGGAAAUGCGAUAGGAGUAUCAAUUUUCUCCUAGAGCUGGCUACAUGUGAAUGAACUUUGUUGGUUUCAUUCAUUAGGGCUGAGGUGAAUGAAAUGUUUCUGUAAAUUAGAUAGCAAGUUCAUAACACCCUCAAUUCAGGUAACAGUUGGAUCAGAAAUUGAACAAAGGAUAGAGAAAUGUUUUUAAGGAUUCUGUUUGAGUUCAAGUGUACAUUGAUAAAGGGAAUAGGCUAGAAUUGACUGCAAUAUAUUCAGCUGUUGUGGUCGUUCACGCUCCUGAAGUUAUCGAAUCUUACAACUUUGUUGGAUGCGCGUCAUUACAGGAAACGUGACACCAUUCUCGGUAACAUCCAAGAGCUAAUUGUUGUUCGUGCUGAUUUACGUGAAGAGUGUACAGCAGUGGGAGUUGAAAGCCUAUAAGGUUGCACCCUGAUUGCGGCAGGCCCCCACCUGAAGCAGUCCAAAAAGGGAGCAAAAUAAAGACAAUAGAGGGAAGGGAGUUUAGGGUUUGAAAGACUGAUUGUAAUUUUUGUUGAUUAUUAGUGGCAUCUCCGGUUACACUGCGAGGACAUAGGGUUAUUGCACUGAUUGCCAAACCUCAGUAAAUCGUUUUGUUUCUAUAGUUAUCUGUGCUGUUUUUCCGCU